CGCCGGGGCUGAGCAGCCGCGGGAGGCGCCGCGUUCGGAGUCGCUGCGCUCGGGCGCGCUGCGUUUGGGGCUCCCGGCGGGGCGGCGCGGACCCGCACAGGCACAAGCACCGGCACCGGCUCGGCUCGGCCGAGAGCCCGCGGAUCUAUGCGGCUGUGAGCGGCGGGAGCAGAGCGGGAUGGAGCGGCUCCUGGCGCCCGGCCUCCUGGUGCUCCUGCUGCCCGCCCUGACGCGAGGUUUACGGUGCUCGCAGCUUGCUGAAUCCUGCCUCAACGGGGGCAAGUGUGAAACUUUUCCCAACGGGACGGAGGUGUGCCAGUGCAGCGGUGCCUACGUGGGCGAGCGGUGCCAGCUGCCCAACCCCUGCCUGAGCUCCCCCUGCAAGAACGCCGGCACCUGCACGGCGGUGGUGCGUGGCAGCACCGUGGAUUACACCUGCGCCUGCCGCCUGGGCUUCACCGACGAGCUGUGCCUGACGCCCCGCGACAACGCCUGCCUCAGCAACCCCUGCCGCAACGGCGGCACCUGCGACCUGCUGACGCUCAGCGAGUACAAGUGCCGCUGCCCGCCCGGCUGGUCAGGCAAAACCUGCCAGCAGGCUGACCCCUGUGCCUCCAACCCCUGUGCCAACGGGGGCCAGUGCGUGCCCUUCGAGGCCCACUACGUGUGCCGCUGCACCGCCGGCUUCCACGGCGCCAACUGCAAGCAGGACGUCAACGAAUGCAACAUCUCCCCGCCCGUCUGCAAGAACGGGGGCACCUGCACCAACGAGGUGGGCACCUACCAGUGCUCCUGCAAGCCAGCCUACACCGGGCAGAACUGCGAGCACCUCUACGUGCCCUGCAACCCCUCGCCCUGCCAAAACGGGGGCACCUGCCGCCAGAUCGGGGACACCACCUACGACUGCACCUGCCUGCCAGGGUUCACGGGUCAGAACUGUGAGGAGAACAUCAACGACUGUCCGGGCAACAACUGCAAGAAUGGGGGCACCUGCGUGGACGGCGUCAACACCUACAACUGCCAGUGCCCACCUGAGUGGACAGGUCAGUACUGCACUGAGGACGUGGACGAGUGCCAGCUGAUGCCCAACGCCUGCCAGAAUGGUGGCACCUGCCACAACAACCACGGCGGCUACAACUGUGUCUGUGUCAAUGGCUGGACGGGCGAGGACUGCAGCGAGAACAUCGACGACUGCGCCAUGGCCGCCUGCUUCCACGGGGCCACCUGCCACGACCGGGUGGCCUCUUUCUACUGCGAGUGCCCCCACGGCCGCACAGGUUUGCUGUGCCACCUGGACGACGCCUGCAUCAGCAACCCCUGCAACGAGGGCUCCAACUGUGACACCAACCCUGUUAAUGGCAAAGCCAUCUGCACGUGUCCUUCGGGGUACAUGGGGCCAGCCUGCAACCAGGAUGUGGACGAGUGCUCGCUGGGAGCCAACCCAUGUGAGCACGCGGGGAAGUGCAUCAACACCCAAGGGUCCUUCCAGUGCCAGUGUCUGCAGGGCUACUCAGGCCCUCGCUGUGAGAUUGAUGUCAAUGAGUGCCUCUCCAACCCCUGCCAGAACGAUGCCACCUGCCUGGACCAGAUCGGGGAGUUCCAGUGCAUCUGCAUGCCCGGGUACGAGGGGGUUUACUGCGAGAUCAACACGGACGAGUGUGCCAGCAGCCCCUGCCUGCACAACGGCAACUGCCUCGACAAGAUCAACGAGUUCCACUGCGAGUGUCCCACCGGCUUCAACGGGCACCUGUGCCAGUUUGACAUCGACGAGUGCGCCAGCACCCCCUGCAAGAAUGGCGCCAAGUGCGUGGAUGGCCCCAACACCUACAGCUGCGAGUGCACUGAAGGGUUCACGGGCGCUCACUGCGAGAUCGACAUCGAUGAGUGUGACCCUGACCCGUGCCACUACGGGACCUGCAAGGACAGCAUCGCCUCCUUCACCUGCCUCUGCCAGCCCGGCUACACGGGCCACCGCUGCGACAUCAACAUCAACGAGUGCCAGAGCCAGCCCUGCAAAAAUGGGGGGACCUGCCAGGACAGGAACAACGCCUACAACUGCAUCUGCCUCAAAGGGACCACGGGCCCCAACUGCGAGAUCAACCUGGAUGAUUGUGCCAGCAACCCCUGCGACUACGGCAAGUGCAUCGACAAGAUCAAUGGCUACGAGUGCACCUGCGAGCCGGGGUACACAGGGCGCAUGUGCAACAUCAACAUCGAUGAGUGUGCCAGCAACCCCUGCCACAACGGGGGCACGUGCAAGGAUGGCAUCAAUGGCUUCACCUGCCUGUGCCCCGAGGGCUUCCAUGACCCCAAGUGCCUGUCUGAAGUGAACGAGUGCAACAGCAACCCCUGCAUCCACGGAAAAUGCCACGAUGGAUUGAAUGGCUACAAGUGUGACUGUGACCCUGGCUGGAGUGGGACAAACUGUGACAUUAACAACAACGAGUGUGAAUCCAACCCCUGCAUGAACGGUGGCACCUGCAAGGACAUGACCAGUGGCUACAUCUGCACCUGCAGGGAGGGCUUCAGCGGCCCCAACUGCCAGACCAAUAUCAACGAAUGUGCUUCCAACCCCUGCCUGAACCAGGGCACGUGCAUUGAUGACGUUGCUGGCUACACCUGCAACUGCCUCCUGCCCUACACAGGAGCCACCUGUGAGGAUGUGCUGGCCCCCUGUGCUGGCAGCCCCUGCAAGAACGGCGGCGAGUGCCAGGAGUCGGAGGACUACAAGAGCUUCUCCUGCAGUUGCCCCCCUGGCUGGCAAGGUCAGACCUGUGAGAUUGACAUCAAUGAGUGUGUGAAGAGCCCCUGCAGGAAUGGGGCCACGUGCCAGAACACCAACGGGAGCUACCGCUGCGCCUGCCGGACCGGCUUCUCCGGCCGCAACUGCGACACCGACAUCGACGACUGCAAGCCCAAUCCAUGCCACAACGGUGGCUCCUGCUCCGAUGGCAUUGGCACCUUCUUCUGCGAGUGCCUGGCUGGCUUCCGUGGGCCCAAGUGCGAGGAGGACAUCAAUGAGUGCGCCAGCAACCCCUGCAAGAACGGGGCCAACUGCACCGACUGCGUCAACAGCUACACCUGCACCUGCCCCUCCGGCUUCAGCGGCAUCCACUGCGAGAACAACACCCCUGACUGCACAGAGAGCUCCUGCUUCAACGGUGGGACGUGCGUGGAUGGCAUCAACACCUUCACCUGCGUCUGCCUGCCCGGCUUCACGGGCAGCUACUGCGAGCACAACAUCAACGAGUGCGACUCCAAGCCGUGCCUGAACGGGGGCACGUGCCAGGACAGCUACGGGACGUACAAGUGCACCUGUGCCCAGGGGUACACCGGCCUCAACUGCCAGAACCUGGUGCGCUGGUGUGACUCCUCGCCCUGCAAAAACGGAGGCAAGUGCUGGCAGACCAGCAACCUGUACCACUGUGAGUGCAACAGCGGCUGGACAGGGCUCUACUGCGACGUCCCCAGUGUGUCCUGUGAGGUGGCUGCUAAGCAGCAAGGUAUCGAUGUAGCACACCUCUGCAGGAACUCGGGGCUCUGUGUGGACACUGGCAACACUCAUUUCUGCCGCUGCCAAGCCGGCUACACCGGCAGCUACUGCGAGGAGCAGGUGGAUGAAUGCUCCCCCAACCCCUGCCAGAACGGAGCCACCUGCACAGACUACCUGGGAGGCUACUCCUGUGAGUGUGUGGCUGGUUAUCAUGGAGUUAACUGCUCAGAGGAGAUCAAUGAGUGCUUGUCCCACCCGUGCCAGAAUGGAGGAACCUGCAUCGAUCUCAUCAAUACCUACAAAUGCUCCUGCCCCAGAGGAACUCAAGGGGUGCACUGUGAGAUCAAUGUGGAUGACUGCAGCCCUUUCUUUGAUCCUGUCACCCUGGGGCCCAAGUGCUUUAACAAUGGCAAGUGCAAGGAUCGGGUAGGUGGCUACAGCUGCAUCUGCCCCCCUGGCUUUGUAGGGGAGCGCUGCGAGGGAGAUGUCAACGAGUGCCUGUCCAACCCCUGCGACGCCCGCGGCACCCAGAACUGCGUGCAGCGGGUCAACGACUACAAAUGCGAGUGCCGACCUGGCUAUGCAGGCCGCCGCUGUGACACCGUGGUGGACGGCUGCAAAGGCAAACCCUGCAGGAAUGGGGGAACCUGUGCUGUUGCCAGCAACACCGGCCGUGGCUUCAUCUGCAAGUGCCCGCCGGGAUUCGUGGGUGCCACCUGCGAGAACGACUCCCGCACCUGCGGGAACCUGCACUGCCUGAACGGCGGCACCUGCAUCUCCAUCCACAAGAGCUCCAAGUGCAUGUGCACGCCGGCCUUCACAGGCCCCGAGUGCCAGUACCCGGCCAGCAGCCCCUGCACCUCCAACCCCUGCUACAACGGGGGCACCUGCGAGUUCUCCGGAGCCGCCUCCCCCUUCGGCGACUACCGCUGCAACUGCCCUGCCAACUUCAACGGCCUCAACUGCCACAUCCUCGACUUCGACUUCCAGGGAGGCAUCGGGCAGGACAUCAUCCCCCCCAAAAUCGAGGAGAAGUGCGAGAUCGCCGUGUGCGCGGGCUACGCCGGCAACAAGAUCUGUGAUGGGAAAUGCAACAACCACGCCUGCGGCUGGGACGGCGGCGACUGCUCCCUCAACUUCAACGACCCCUGGAAGAACUGCUCCCAGUCUCUGCAGUGCUGGAAGUAUUUCAAUGAUGGCAAGUGUGACUCUCAGUGCAAUAACGCUGGCUGCCUCUACGACGGGUUCGACUGCCAGAAAUACGAGGGGCAAUGCAACCCUCUGUAUGACCAGUACUGCAAAGAUCACUUCUCGGAUGGUCACUGCGACCAGGGCUGCAACAACUUUGAGUGCGAGUGGGAUGGUCUGGACUGUGCAAACAACAUGCCAGAGAAGCUGGCAGAUGGCACACUGGUGGUGGUGGUCCUCAUCACCCCCGAGAACCUGAAGAACAACUCCUUCAACUUCCUGAGGGAGCUGAGCCGUGUGCUGCACACCAACGUGGUCUUCAAGAAGAACCCCAAGGGGGAGUAUAUGAUCUUCCCGUACUACGGCAACGAGGAGGAGCUGAAAAAACAUUACAUCAAGAGGUCCACAGAGGACUGGGCAGAUAUGUCCAGUGCUGUCAUCAACAAAGUGAAGAGCAGCCUCUACUCCAGGGCUGGCAGGAGGCAGAAGAGGGAGCUUGACCAGAUGGACAUCAGAGGAUCCAUCGUCUACUUGGAAAUUGAUAACCGCCAGUGCAUCCAGUCAUCUUCCCAGUGCUUCCAGAGUGCCACCGAUGUGGCAGCAUUCCUGGGAGCCUUGGCCUCCCUUGGCAACCUGAAUAUACCCUACAAAAUAGAGGCUGUCAAAAGUGAAACAGCAGAGCCCACGAAGAACUCGCAGCUGUAUCCUAUGUACGUGGUGGUGGCUGCGCUGGUCCUGCUCGCCUUCAUCGGGCUGGGAGUGCUGGUGUCCCGCAAGCGCCGCAGGGAGCAUGGGCAGCUGUGGUUCCCUGAAGGCUUCAAAGUGACAGAGUCGAGCAAGAAGAAGCGGCGGGAGCCUCUGGGGGAGGAUUCUGUUGGGCUGAAACCCCUCAAAAAUGCUUCGGAUGGCACGCUGAUGGAUGACAACCAGAAUGAGUGGGGUGAUGAGGAGACCUUGGACACCAAGAAGUUCAGGUUCGAGGAGCAGGCGAUGCUGCCGGACACGGAUGACCAGACAGAUCACAGGCAGUGGACACAGCAGCACCUGGACGCCGCUGACCUGCGCAUUUCCUCCAUGGCCCCGACGCCUCCACAGGGGGAAAUCGAUGCUGACUGCAUGGAUGUCAACGUCAGAGGGCCGGACGGCUUCACCCCCCUGAUGAUCGCCUCGUGCAGCGGGGGAGGGCUGGAGACAGGCAACAGCGAGGAGGAGGACGACGCUCCCGCCGUCAUCUCGGACUUCAUCUACCAAGGUGCCAGCCUGCACAACCAGACUGACCGCACGGGCGAGACCGCGCUGCACCUGGCCGCCAGGUACUCGCGCUCGGACGCGGCCAAGCGCCUGCUGGAGGCCAGCGCCGACGCCAACAUCCAGGACAACAUGGGCCGGACGCCGCUGCACGCCGCCGUCUCUGCCGACGCCCAAGGGGUCUUCCAGAUCCUGAUUAGGAACAGGGCAACAGACCUGGAUGCCCGAAUGCACGAUGGGACCACUCCCCUGAUCCUGGCUGCUCGCUUGGCUGUGGAGGGGAUGCUGGAUGACCUCAUCAACUGCCACGCUGAUGUCAACGCCGUGGAUGAUUUAGGCAAGUCAGCCCUGCACUGGGCAGCUGCUGUGAAUAAUGUGGAAGCUGCAAUGGUCCUCCUGAAGAAUGGUGCCAAUAAGGACAUGCAGAAUAAUAAGGAGGAGACCCCGCUGUUCCUGGCAGCCAGGGAAGGGAGCUACGAAACCGCCAAGGUCCUGCUGGACCAUUUUGCCAACCGGGACAUCACGGACCACAUGGACCGGCUGCCGCGGGACAUUGCGCAGGAGCGCAUGCACCACGACAUCGUGCGCCUGCUGGACGAGUACAACCUGGUGAGGAGCCCCACGCUGCACAACGGGCCCCUGGGGGCACCCACGCUGUCCCCCCCGCUCUGCUCCCCCAGCAGCUACAUCGGCAACCUCAAACCUGCCGUGCAGGGCAAGAAGGCCAGGAAGCCGAGCACCAAGGGGCUGAGCUGCGGCGGCAAGGACGCCAAAGACCUGAAAGCCCGCAGGAAAAAGUCCCAGGAUGGAAAAGGGUGUCUGCUCGACAGCUCCGGGGUGUUGUCCCCUGUGGAUUCCCUGGAGUCGCCGCACGGGUACCUCUCAGAUGUGGCCUCUCCCCCGCUGAUGACGUCCCCGUUCCAGCAGUCCCCGUCCAUGCCUCUGAACCACCUGCCAGGCAUGCCCGAUGCCCACCUGAGCAUCAACCACCUCAACAUGGCGGGCAAGCAGGAUAUGGCCAUGGGCAGCUCCAGCAGGAUGGGCUUCGACUCGGUGCCACCGCGCCUGUCCCACCUGCCCGUGUCCAGCCCCAGCACGGGGAUGAGCAGUGCCCCCAUGAGCUUCUCGGUGGGCAGCGGGGCCGGGCUGAACGGGCAGUGUGACUGGCUCACACGGCUGCAGAACGGCAUGGUGCAGAGCCAGUACAACCCCCUGAGAGGCAACCUGCAGCCGGGGGCUCACCAGCAGCCCCAAAACCUGCAGCACGGCAUGAUGACCUCGCUGCACAACGGGCUGCCCACCACCAGCUUGUCGCAGAUGAUGAGCUACCAGGCCAUGCCCAACACCCGCCUGGCCUCCCAGCCCCACCUGAUGCAGAGCCAGCAGCUCCAGCAGAUGCAGCAGCAGCAGCAGCAGCAGCUCCAGCAGCCCAGCCUGCAGCCGCCACCACCGCAGCAGCCGCAGCAGCAGCAGCAGCAGCAACCACAGCCACCACCACAGCAGCAGCACCACAACCCAGGCUCCAACGGGAGCGGCCACAUGGGCCAGAAUUUCCUCGGUACGGAGCUGAGCCAGCCCGAGCUGCCGGCGGUGAGCGGCGGCGCCAUGGCCGUGCACACCAUCCUGCCGCAGGAUUCGCAGCUGCUGCCCACCUCCCUGCCCUCCUCGCUGGCCCAGCCCAUGACCACCACGCAGUUCCUGACGCCGCCUUCCCAGCACAGUUAUUCCUCCCCCUUGGACAACACCCCCAGCCACCAGCUCCAGGUGCCCGACCACCCUUUCCUCACGCCCUCGCCGGAGUCGCCGGACCAGUGGUCCAGCUCCUCUCCUCACUCCAACGUGUCCGACUGGUCCGACGGCAUCUCCAGCCCUCCCACGAGUAUGCAGUCGCAGAUGGGACACAUCCCCGAGGCCUUCAAGUAAAAAAAAAAUACAAAAAAAAAGUGUUUUAGACUCUCAUUGGGAGCCAGAAGCUCGAGGGAGAUCUUUUUUUUUUACAAGGACUCCGGAUGCUUUUAUUAAAGGAUCCUUUUAAAAUAUGUUUUUAUAAAAAAGGAAAAAAAAAAGAAAAGAAAAAGACGAAUUAAUUCCUUUUUUUUUUUUUAGUAUUUAUUUAUGUACUUUUUAUUUUACAUGAGAACACUGCCUUUUUAUUUAUAUGUUCUAUUGUUAAGAACUCAAUGUGGGACACCAGUUGCGUUUCGAGAAAUCAACAAAUUAGGUUUUUAUAGGAUGUUCUCUUUUGUUUGGAGGAGUUCAAUGUGUUUGAUUUGAGAGGAAAUGUUUAUGUAAAGCUAUAAGCAACGAUUUGUGAUUCUGAAAUGCCAUUAAUUUAUUUUUUUUCUUUUUCAACUCAGAAAGAGAGGUGAGAAAGAAGAGGGGAAAAAUUGACUAAAAAUAUCAAUCCUUAAGGGGAAAAAAAGUAUGGACAAAUUUUUUAAUUGUACUUUAAAAUGUUUUCUUUGCAUUUAUAUGAGAGGACAUUUUAUGGUACCAGUCAUGAAUCUUUGUUUAAAUUUCAGUAUUAUAUAGUUGUACAUUUGCCUUGAUAAUAGAAAUUUUUGUUCUCUCUUGUUUUUAUAUAUAUAAAAAUAUAUAUAUUUAAAUGAUUUUUAUGAUCUAAAAAAAAAAAAAGAAAAAGAAAAUCAGGAUUAUAGACCUGUAAGAACAGUUUCUAAGCUAAAAAAACACACCCUACAAAACAUGAAUACUGUCCCCCAUCAAAAAGAAAUAUAUUUGCCAAACUUCCAAGAGAGCAAGCCCAUAACUAUGGAGUAUAUACACAAAGGAGACUUAAUUUUACUUUGAAUAUCUUUACUGAUUUUUUUUUUUCGUUUAAUUUCGUUUUCGUGUUUGAGUAACUGUUUUAAGAAAGAAAUGCCAAUAUAAACUUUGUAAACCACAUCCUUAUUUUAAGGAUGGCCUGCCUAUUUUUUUAAGAGGUGUGUCUGGCAGUGCAGCCACCCUGAGUGAGAUUUCAAAGCGUUAUCACACUGCCACCCCUGUGCCCACCCGGCCCCAGCUCCUCUGGCAGAGCCCUCACUGGGUGCCCAGUGGGAUUUGCUGCUGGUUUUGGUGGGAGGCUGGACUGGCCAAACUGGAGGGCGAGGGACCAGCACAGCUGUGCUGUGAAACGUUGACAUUUUGUUCUGUGACCUUAGCCUGGAGUGAUGCAUCUUUUUUUAUAUUGAUGUGCACUCUUUCUGUGUAUCAUGUAAAAAUAUAGUAUAAGCCUGUGGCAGAUUUAAUGUUUGUAAAUAUGGGGGGGUUUUUUUUGGUUUGUUGUUUUGGUUUUUUUUUUAAGAAAAGGUGGAUUUUGUUUCAAAAAUCUAAAUGAGCAAGUCUUAAAUAUAUCAUAAAUAUAUCACCUUAUAGAGGUGUUGGAAUAUCACUCACUCGGGUGCAAAAGCAAGCAGACACCCUAAGACUAGAUAACGUGUGUGGGACAGGCAGAUAGCAGUUAAUCAAGAAAACCUAAGAAAAGGGUUCCUUUUCCUCAUUCCUUUCUAUUAGAACACCAAAUAAAAUGGAUAUUUCUCAAGGCACAGCGCCUUGCUGAGCACUCAUCUUAGUUAACAUUUCAGACCAUUGUUAUUGUGACACGCCUAAUAUGAGUGAUAAAAACAUCAUGUGGUGUUGAAUCUUCCUAUGUUUUAUAAACUAGAGUGUAGUUUAAGAAAAGAUAUCUUCUGUAAUAAAGUUAUCUACAUGCAAAGUUGUAGUUUGCAAAAAUGAUGUAUUUUUUGUGGUUAACUGAUUUGCAAUAAAUGAUGCUUCUGGGCAUCUAGAUUUUACUAAAA